UUUCGGAUCAUCCUUAGGGAUGUUUCCUAGACCGUCGUCAAUUGACCAUUGUGUAGCUCUAGUGCAACGUAAAUGAACUCCAACAACAACAAUCGCAUAUGCUAUUUUCUGCAACACAGUAUGAAUGCUCUUUUAAAACAAGGAUAAGCUGAUAAUCAGUAGUAGCGUCCUCUACUUUUCAAAAACUGCUUGAAGAUCCUGGAGAUCAGGUGAAUAGAAGUAGGCAACCGAUAACGUAAACAACUAUCACCGGAAAAUUCUCUACGGAGAUGAAUUAUAUUGAAGUAUACUAUCUUACUUAUACUGAUGAGGACUUUUAUUAACCUUAUAUAUGUGACGAAAAGCUUUUUAAAAUUGUUUUUGAUUUGCCCUUACUUGGAUCAAAUUUAUAAGACUGCGUAAAAAACAAUAUAGAAGUGUUUUAAAAAGGUUAUUUCAUGCAGAUCUCGAUGUAAGUGAUAAAAUAUUGCAAAAAAUUGAUGUGAUUGAUAAAAUAUUUUUGUGAUGACAGUAAAUAAAAUCCUUGUCGUAAGUGCAUAUAUCUUUUUUUUAAAAUUAGCGUGUUUUCUGUACGAUUUAUAUAAUUAAUGAACUAUUCAACUGAAAUGUGUGUAAUUUCUCCCUGGCGAAAGGAAAUAUUAAAGGCAAUGUCGUUCUAUCGUGCUAACAGCGAAUAGUUUCUGCCCAAUGUGUGUAGUUGCAAUGAUGUUCUAACAGAAAAAUAUUUUUAAACAUGGAAAUUAAGUAGAUUGGAGUCUCCAUUUUUAGCAGCAUAUUUUCUGAUGGUUAUUCUAGAGAUUUUGCCUAUGCACAGUUUAUGAAACCACCCUUAUGAUUCUUGCUCUAGAUAGGCAUGCAAAAGUGAUUUACAGCAAGAUAACUUUGCAUAGUACUCUGGUCGUGUAUGUGAUAUAAUUUUUUAAAGCAAGCAAGAGUUACCCAUAGUUAAUGCAGUUCAUAUUAGCUAGAAACUUAUUUCUUUCACCAAUCAGAAUUCUUCAUUAAAUCAUUCUCAUUUCUCUUCACACUGUUGAGAAACUUUAUUCGGACAUUAUGACUGAAAAAAAAAUUUCUCAAAAAAGUAAACUUAUUGUAAACAGUGUUUUUCAUCUUGUAAGAAAACAUUAUUCUUGUAAUAUAUGUAACAAGAGUUUUUCAGGAAGAAGUAGUCUGACUAAACACUGUAGAAUUCAUACUGGUGAGAAAUCUUAUUCUUGCAGUAUAUGUAAUAAGAGUUUCUCUCAAAGUGAUCAUCUGUCUAAACACAGUCGUAUUCAUACUGGUGAGAAACCUUAUUCUUGUAGUAUAUGUACUAAAAGUUUUUCCUUAAAAAGUAAUCUGACGAAACACAGCCGUGUUCAUACUGGUGAGAAGCCUUAUUCUUGUAGUGUAUGUAAUAAGAGUUUUUCACAAAGAGAGCUUCUGAAUAAACACAGUCGUGUUCAUACGGGUGAGAAACCUUAUUCUUGUAGUAUAUGUAAUAAGAGUUUUUCACAAAGAGGUCAACUAACUGAACAUAGUCGUGUUCAUACUGGUGAGAAACCUUAUUCUUGUAAUGUAUGUAAUAAGAGUUUCUCACAAAAAAGUACUCUGACUGAGCAUAGUCGUGCUCAUACUGGUGAGAAACCUUAUUCUUGUAAUAUAUGUAAUAAAAGAUUUUCAUUUAGAGGUAAUUUGACUCAACAUGGUCGUCUUCAUACUGGUGAGAAACCUUUUUCUUGUAAUAUAUGUAAUAAGAGUUUUUCAGAAAAAGGUUAUUUGACUAAACACAGUCGUGUUCAUACAGGUGAGAAACCUUUUUCAUGUAGUAUAUGUCAUAAGAAUUUUGCAAGUAGAAGUAAUUUGUCUCAACACAGUCGUGUUCAUACUGGUGAGAAACCUUAUUCUUGUAGUAUAUGUAAAAAGAGUUUUUCAAGCAAUAGUGAUCUAACUAAGCAUAGUCUCAUUCAUACUGGUGAGAAACCUUAUUCAUGUAGCAUAUGUAAGAAAGGUUUUCCGCUAAUGAGUCAUUUGAUUAUACAUAGUCGUAUUCAUACAGGUGAGAAACCUUAUAAUUGUAGUAUAUGUCAAAAGAGUUUUUCAAGAAAGGAUCAUCUAACUAAUCACAAUCGGGUUCAUACUGGUGAGAAACCCUAUUCUUGCGGCAUAUGUAAUAGGAGAUUUUCAAAAAGAGAUCUUCUGAAUAAACACAGUCGUGUUCAUACUGGUGAGAAACCUUUUUCAUGUAGUAUAUGUCAUAAGGCUUUUUCAAGGAAGGAUUAUCUAACUAGCCACAGUCAUGUUCAUGCUAUUUAAAGGCCAUAUUCGUCUAUAUGUUGAAAGUUUUUUUUUCUUCCACUUAAGAUCCACCUAAUUAUUAGUUUCAUUGAUACUGGUGAGAAACCUCAUUCUUGUAAUAUAUUUUCCCAUUCCCUUUCUUGUAAAAAUAGUUUUUUUUUAUCUUUCAAAAGACUGACUUUGCUGUUUGUGUUCUCACUGGUAAGAAACUUUUUUGAGAUAAGAUAAAUAAGAGAUAAAUUGAGAUGAGUUAAAUAAGAGAUUUUCUCAGAAAUAUAAUCUGACUAAAUACAGUAAUGUUCUUACUAGUGACACACCAUAUUUUUGAAGUAUAUGAUAAAGUAGUUUUUUUUUAAAAAUAAUAGUGAUCUAAAUGUUUGCAUUUAUUCAUGUUCAUUUACAUUCCUGUUUGUGUUUUAAUACUAUAUUUUUUUGUAGUAUAUAUAAUAAGUGUUUCUCAGAAAGUGCUAAUCUAACUAACCAUAGUUAUAUUGAUAUGGUGAGAUACCUUAUUCUUGUUCUAUAUGUCAAAAGAAAUUUUCCUUUUACUUACCAUAUUGUGACUCUUACUGGUGUUCUGACUUGUAUUGGUGUAAGUUAUGUAUUCUUGCAGCAUGUUUUUACUGUAAAGUAAAAUAACUGAACACAGUCAUGUUGUACUGUUACCCUUCAAACUUUGGUUAGGCUGUGAUCGCUAAAUUUAACUUCGGUAACCCAGGUUCAACAAUAGACAAAUAACCAAGGAAUUACAGGAAACACUUAACAUUUAAAACUUAAUUUUAUUACAACUCUAAAUUCUCAACAAACAUAACUCCAAUCAUUUCCAAAUGCUAACAGGUGCAAAAAUAUCUCUAAAUUAUACACUAUUUCAAGUUCCAAAAUUUUAUACACACGAUUAACCCUUUUGAUAAAAUGCAAUUUUAAAAUUCUAAGGCAUAACAUUCCAUUAAUGCCAAUCAAAAAAGACAAUUAAGAAAUAAAAUGCACUCUCAUUCUAACUCUACUAAAAUCACUUAAAACUUAGAUUAUGAUAUCUUUAUAACCUGUAAUCAUGCUUAAAUAUCAAUGGCUCUCCUUAAAAUAUGUAUCUAUAAUAUGUACCUGCACAGUAGAAACAGUUUAAAAUUUAGGGUAAAUUAUUCUUCUAAAAUGGUAUCCAAAUCAAAAUUAAAAUUUUAUAAGUACAAAAUGAAUUUACGGAUCACCUUCUGGAACGCCCACCGGAAUUGCAGCUAAACUCGUGGACAAAGCAAACUCCUAGUUUCUGAUAGCUAGUACUCCAACUAUUCCAAUUUCCUUAGGCUUUCUCCUAGUAAGGCAUCAGGCACAAGGGAAACACCGGACUUUCAGUAUGGGUACACUCGGGGUUUGGCCCACAGUCUCGAACAUAGAGGCCUUCAGCUUAUCACUUUCGGUCGUCAACCCAGAGACUUCAGCUUAGCUUUCCUCAAGACAACGAUCCAUCCUCUCAGCGGUGCUGUCUCAGAUCAACCUUCCAGCGGGCAUGCUCCGCCCUCUCCAUGGUACUAUCUCACCCACUCUUCACAUCCCUUUUAAUCUCCUCUCAGCAAGGCGAAAAAAUCUAGAUUGACCUGUUAACUCCUUAACGAGCUGCCACGCAACCAAUGGACGGCAGAACAAAAAAAGAAAAGAAAAAGAUCCGUGAGAAAAAACAGUCACAAGCCCACUAAUACACUACAAAAGUGAUAAUUCAAUCCUCCUUAAAUAUUAAUAAACUUUAUCAUGGUGGUGCCAUCUAUUGAUGAAAAAGCCAACUACUUCUGCUGAAAAAGUAACCCAUCUUUAAAAGUAUUGAUUAAAAAAAAAACAAUAAAUUUCUAUUUAUUACAAUGUUCACACUGGGGAUAAACCUUUUUGCAUUAAAGGUAAAAGUUUUUUACAGAAGUGUCAUUUGACUAAACACAGUCUAAUGAAAUUAAAUAAUUAUUUUCUUUUCAAAUCAUUUUAAAUUUUUAUGAUGCAGUUUUCCUCUUAUUUUUCCGUGUAUUUAUUCAUAAAUAAUGCCUAUAAAAUAAGCGUAUGUACUGAAAAGUCUUUCAAACUCAUCUUAGUUGACUCUGUAACUUUGGUUACUGGAUUAGAUUAAUUUAUUUACUACCAGUUAUACUUGAUCAAAAUAUUAAUUGUUAUUUAUUCUCUUAGCUUUAGAAUCCGGAGUUAAAAGUAUAUGUUUUUUUCAACUAGAAAAGAAAAAAAAAAAAAACUUCUAGCAACUUUUAAUUGAAAUUACCUGUUACGUCCUAUUUUUUUAAAUCUUUUCUAGCACAUGUUGUACAAUUACAAUUUUUUUAAUAUUUCUUAUAAAUACAAAAUAUUUUAUGUUAUAAUUAGAGAAAAUAAAUUUCAUUUUGUUUUUAAGUAAAUUUGGUUUAUGAAACAUAUAAAGUAGUAUAGAUUGCUUCAUAAGAUCAAUUUCUUGUUCUUCAAUCUAAGCAUCUUCCACACCUUAACUAUUUUAUAAAUUUCAUAUUUACGUAAACAAAAAUAUUGCCCUAGAGUAUACAUGACAGUUAGUUAAAAUAUUACUUAUAAAUUUUUUUAAUCACAUUUUAAUGUUUUUGAGAAUUAUGAUUAACCACAUUUUUGAAAAAGAGCACAGAAAAUCACUCAAACAACUGAAAAAUCCAAAUUAAUAAAUUAUUAUAAAUUUUUUUUUUUAAAUUCCAAAAACUAUGUUUAACUAAGUUAGUAAAUUAAAUAAUGAAAUAUGCAAAUGUUUUUAAUGUUUUAUUUCAUUUGUAAUAGCUGCCCAGUUCAUGAGUAUUCUUAAAUAACUUUUUUGUCAUAUGGUGUAAGCGUGUGAUAUAUUAAUUUGUAGUUCAUUUCUUAUUAUGGUUCAGCACAAGCUCAAUAUCUUGUUGAAAAUAUUUAAAUUUUUUUCUAUAUAUGGCAUUUUAUUUAAUGUACUUUAUUUAAUAUUCUACUUUGUAUUCUAACGUAAUGGGUGAAGAAAUAAAUUUUAAAAAAUUUGUCAAAGAUGUAUUUUAAAAUUAAUAUUUUUAUCUUUUUUUGUUUAUUUACAAUUAAAUUAAAAUGCACUUACUUAAAAAUUGCAUUUGCUGGUUCGGGGAAGGAAUUAAUUUUUAAAAGAAAGUUUUUGAAAUUUAUUUCUUCUUAUAUGGUAUAAUUUUUUUUAAAAGCAAAAUAGUGUUGUAGCUAUUAUAAUCAUGUUCAUGUGGAGUGAUUUAUUAUUGUAUUUUAUGUAAAAAUAAGAAUGUUCAAUACUUUUAACAAUCAUGUGUCGAAUUCUGAAAAACCUUAUUUUUUGUUGUGUGUGUUAAUAAAGUAUUUUCGCAAAA